AAGUUUCCACAAAGGUGAAAGAAUUAGGAAAGAAAAUGCUUCAACAUUGUGUUGGCUUGCCAUUAGCCAUCAUUGUGCUCGCAGGACUACUCGCCAGAAAGGACACAAUUAAUGAGUGGGAGACAGUACUUAAGAAUGUUUAUGCAUACAUAAGAAGAGGCAAAGAUUGUGAACAUGAAGUCAUGGGUACAUCGUGGGUGUUGUCGUUGAGUUAUGAUAACUUACCGUAUUAUUUAAAACCAUGUUUUUUAUAUUUAGGUCAUUUCCCUGAAGAUUUUGAGAUAUCAGUAAAGAGAUUGACUCAGUUAUGGAUGGCAGAAGGUCUUAUAUCCUCGGUGCAACAAAGACAAGGUUCAAUGGAAACAAUGGAGGAGAUAGCUUUUAGUUACUUAAAUGAAUUAGUGCAAAGGUGUAUGGUUCAAAUUGGAGAACGGGGUUCAAUUAGAAAGAUUAAAUCUUGUCGGCUUCAUGAUCUCAUGCGAGACUUGUGCUUGUUGAAGGCAGAAGAGGAGAACUUUCUCCAAACUGUCAAUUUGUUGCAUAGGGAGACAAUGCAUGCUCUUCCUUCUCCCACGGUAACCAAAGCAACACUAAAAGGUAAGGUUCGAAGACUUGCCAUCUAUGUGGAUGAUAAUGUUGAUAAAAUGGUUCCAUCAAGAUAUGAAAGAGACGAAUGCCUUAGAUCUCUGUUAUACUUCGGCCCAAGAUACUGGAUGCCAGAAAAUAACAAGUUAGUGUCGCCACUAUUCAAGGACUUCAAAUUGCUUAGAGUUUUGAAGGUUGAAGGUAUAGAGCUAUUAGUAAAAUUGCCUAAUGAAAUUGGGAAUAUGGUCCACUUGAGAUUUUUAAGUCUAAGGCAUAGUUUUAUAAAUUGGUUGCCAUCGUCCUUAGGUAAUUUGAUAUGUAUGCAAACUCUGGAUUUACGCAUUAACGGAACGAAUGUAGUUCCAGAUGUAUUUUGGAUGAUGGAACAACUGAGGCAUUUGUAUUUACCCUUUUAUUACACCGCACGGGGUAAAAAACUUAGACUGGCCACUCUUCAUGAUUUGCAGACUCUACACCAUGUUUCAAGCCUCUGCUGUGACCUGAACGAUCUUACUCAGUUAACCAGUCUUAGAAAACUGGCCAUACGAGUGACAAGCCCCUUGAAAAAUUUGGAGAAAACCUUAAAAUCUACAAGCAGCACACUUGAUCGCAUUCGAUCUCUAUUUGUGCACAACUUACUUGGAAUUCAUAGUGGUACGGAGGUUGCACAGAUAGUGUUAAGUUGCCGUCAUAUAGACAAGCUAGAUUUGAAUGGGCGAACCGUAGAGUUACCGGACCUUCAACACUUUCCGAACCUCACUAAGUUAACACUGUGUCGCUGUGAUCUCAAGGCCAACCAGAUGGCCGUGCUAGAGAAGCAGCCAAAUCUUAAAACUCUUUGCCUUAUGGAGGAAACUUUUGAGGAUGGAUUAGACACAUUGGUUUUCUCCAAAGGAAGCUUUCUUCAACUUGAAUCUCUUUCCCUCAUUUGCAUGUACGAAUUAAGGGACUUCACGGUGGAAGAAGGAGCCAUGCCUAGCCUCCACCGAUUGUGCAUGCAACAUUGCAGGGGAUUGACGACACUUCCAGAUGGGCUGAGACAUAUUACUACACUUUGGGAAUUAAGCUUCACACAGAUGUCUAGGACAUUGCAUAGUAGGCUUCAGGUUGGAGGAGAUGAUUUCUAUAAAAUCCAACACGUGCCUUCGAUUGUAUUUGCAAACAUGGAUGAGGACUAGAAAAUCAAGAGAAGAAAAUUUGUGAAGAUCAUCCAAUUCAAUUAUGGCAGGCCAUAUCCGUAGAAGAAGCACCAUAUAUGUUACA